AAAAAGAGGCUGAGUGGAACCAUUUUUAUGAAUAUCAAACUAUAUCAUUGUGUAUUGGGAUUGCAUCUGUCGGUAGUAAAAUAUUACCUGCUGUUGACCAUAUACUUUCAGAGUAUUUGACUCUACAGAUUCUUUCCAUUGAACAUAUAGAAAUAGCUCAAUGCUUGUACUUUGAUGCAACAUUGGCUAACUUAACAUCAAUUGAAUUUAAUGAUGAUAAUGAAAGUAUGGAUGAUCGAUUUAUUGAAGACAUUUAUGAUACAAAGCAGAUAUUACUUAAAUUAAUAGUUUCAAAAAUCAACCAAGUCAAUAUUAAGGAGACUUGGCAAAUUACUAAUAAAUGGCCGGAGAACAAUAAAAGAAAGCACUAUAUUAUUGUUAUUGACUCUGUUUCUUAUAUGUCAUCACAGUGGUAUUGUAAUAGUAAGAAAGAAACAAUUGACCAGAAAAAUGUGAUUUUCGCAAAUUUGGAUACCAGUAAUGCUCAACAAGAUCAAACAAUAGCUUUGAUUCCUCAUUCUUUUAAGCAUGCUAUACAGCUUGCUGUUGAAUAUGAUGAUGAUGAGAUUGAUCAAUGGUUGAAAACCUUUAUUAACCAAAAAAAGUGA